CCUUGACUAGAAAUCUUUGUGAAGCGGUCAACAAUAUGCAAGAUUCUCCCAACAUAAAAUGUCAACGAUGUGGAAAUUUUGUGAGAGUAAACAGCAAAUUUUGUGUUGAAUGUGGAGAACCAACAUACAUUUCAUCAUCAAAAUCUGAAAGUAUCAAAACAAGAAGUAAUGUUUGUCAACGAUGUGGGAUGGUACUGACGCCAAACCGCAGAUUUUGUCCUGAAUGUAAGGAACGUUUCCAAACACCACAAUUUGACCUAAGCCGAACAAGUUCAAAGGAGAUACAAAGUACAACUGCACAGGAAGUUAUUAAUUGUGAUCUAUGUUCAGGAAGAAAGUAUAAAAAUCCAGUUGAACUCGUGUGUAAAAAAUGUGAAGUAAAUCUCUGCAGAUCGUGUGUUGGUCUCCAUGUUUCUUCAGACCCCUCAACUCUUCAUGACAUUACAGGGUACAAAUUCAAAAAUGAAAUGGGACAUAUUAAAUUUCCAUGUUGUAAAUUGCAUGGAAAUAAAAAAUGUGAACUGCGCUGCAAAAAAUGUCAAAUUUCAAUAUGUAGUAAAUGCGUUGCAUUAAAAGACCAUGCUGACCACGAACUCGAAGAAAUUUCUGCCAUCUGCGAAGUGCAUAAAUCAUGUCUUAGGCGAGAGAACAAAGAAUAUGAGCUAUACAUUACUCCGGCAUAUGAAAAGAUCUCAUCAAACCUCCAGUCUUCUAUAGAUAAUAAGAAGAAAAGUUACGAGAAGGUUAGGGAUGAUAUUAAAAGACAAGGACAAAGACUUCACUUAGAGGUAGAAAAGUCAAUAUUAGCACUUCUUAAUACUGCAAAUCAAAUGGAGAAGGAAGACUUGAAUGUUCUUUCUAAAUCUCUUAAAGCCAUCCAUUUACGCCGUCAUGAUAUUCAGCUGACUGUAAAAGAAAAUGAAAAAAUGGAGACUGAUAAUGAUGCUGCCAAAAUAAUGGAGUAUUCCUCCAAGAUAUCUAAUUUAAAGCGAGUUCCAUCUUUAACAGAAUUGUCUACAACAAGUUUUGUCCCACAAGAAGUAAAAAGUGAUGUUCUUGCUAACAUGUGCGGAUUUUUGAUUCCAAGCUCGGAAGUAAAAAAGGAGAGCUACAUGAUAGAAAUUUCAAAAAAAGAGAAGGAAGAUAAUAAGUAACAAUCUAUUCUUCGUAUGUUUCACUAACUAAUGCAACCAAUACAUUAACAAGAGAAGAUACAUGUAUCUGAUCGUUUUUUUUCUUUUUUGUCGAAUGUUUAACAUAGAAUUAAUUCAUGCGAAUACCGAAACAUGAAAAGAAAAAUUAUACUUACAGAAAAAAUAGUUCUGCACAUUACUUUAAGAUAUUCAGGACUUGCAUGAAAAUUCUGCUCGUCGAUUACAUAUGUAUAGAUAAACUCAAGUCAAAAAAUUGGAAACUUUUUAGGCUUACAACAGUGCAGUGUCCAUAUAUUUUGGAUCAUAAACGAAAUGCCUAACACUACCGAAUUUUUAUUGAAUGUUAAAUAGUUAAAACUGACGCUUGUGCCACUAUGUUUCAAAUAUUUAAAUGUUGGAAUUGUAUAUAACACAUGUCACUUUAUUAAAUCAUUUAUUCACAAUACCUUUGUCGAGUUAAUGUCAUACAUCACAGUUCAUUAUGUCUCAAAACAACUUUUACACUGUUAUCAAAAACCCAGAAAUGCUUUUGAAAUUAAAUGCAGUACAGAUA